UUCAUGCUAAAGCAUGUGUAGAUGAGUGAAAAAGGCGCGAUCUUUUUCAUUGACGUGUUUUGUCCGCAAAAAAGCGAAAGGUGCUGCUGAUACAAUCCAUUACUUGCAAAUUCGAAUAGUUCAUUGCUCUGUGCCAACUUAAUACACGAAUAGAUAAUUCUAUAAUAGUGUGUGUGCGUGCGCACCUGUUUAAGUGUGCAUGCGUGUGUGUUAUGAAAAUUAUUUUGAAGUGAUAUUUUUUGCAGUUGUAUAAAGUUAAAGAAAAAGUGGAAAUUUGUUCUCGUGGUUUGCCUUGUUUGCGAAAGAUAUAUUCUUUUCUCUACAAACGUUUUUGCAAACAGCCGUCAAAAUCGUGCUCCAGUGGCAUAUUCCGGGCGAAAGCCCCUUUGAGCAUACCAAUAUUACUGGUCUUGCGGACAUCGGAGGACCAGGAAGAGGAGGAGACGAAACAGGUGGGGGAACAGGACCCGGAAUGACAGUGCCAGUUCAACGCAACUCAUUGGCGGUUUUACAGCCGCCUAGAUCGAGAUUCAUGAUUACUGACAUCCUGGCCGGAAGUGGUCCUUCCCCUCCAUCUAACACUGGUCCUUCUGAAGUUGGAGGUAGUAUUGAUACACUUACAAAUGGCUUGAGUAGCCAUUCUUCUAUCAACCAGGGGAGUGUGGAGACCUUAACGAGCAGCAUCAGUAUUGGUGCGGCAGGUAUCUCUCCCAUUGCCGGAAUCAUUAACGGAAGUACAAACGGCAGCGAAGAACGCACGCCAAGUCCGCCAAAUAGACCACGAGAUCUUAGUCUCCCGCUUCCUGGCCAUGGACCGACCGCAAUUCUGCACACUGGAGCAGCCCCCCUUGCAUUGCACGCAGCAGCAGCUGCUGCUGCCGCUGCCGCUGCUGCUGCUGCGGUAAACGUUGGUCAUAGUGGCGAAGCGCAACACAAUCAACUCAAAAAUCCUCACCAUCAUCAUCAUCUCCAUCACCACCAUCACGGACUUGCCACUCAACGUCUUACCAGGCAUGGGCUUAUGGAUGAUCAUGACCAAGAAAGUGACAGCGAUGAUAGUUGUCCGAUGGAUAACUCCAGUGUUUGCAGUAAUGGUGGAAAAGACGAGGAUGGCAAUAGUAUUAAAAACGAUCUUGGGCUUAACACUUCCUCUGGUCUGAGUAAAAAGCAACGAAAAGCACGCACUGCGUUUACUGAUCAUCAGCUACAAACUCUUGAAAAGAGUUUUGAAAGGCAAAAAUAUCUCAGCGUGCAAGAUCGAAUGGAGUUGGCUAAUAAGCUCGGGCUGAGCGACACGCAAGUAAAAACGUGGUAUCAAAACCGAAGGACCAAGUGGAAGAGACAAACUGCAGUGGGGUUAGAACUACUAGCAGAAGCAGGCAAUUACGCAGCCUUUCAGCGAUUAUAUGGUGGACCUCCUUAUAUCGGUGGAUGGCCUUAUCCCACGCCUACUGGACCUGCCGGAACUCCACAAAAUGCGGUUGAUGCAUACUACAGACAUGCAGCAGCAGCUGCAGCUUUGCAAAAACCACUUCCGUAUCGAAUGUAUCCUGGUGUUCCUGCUCUUGGAACGCUUAAUUCGAUUCCAGGUCCUAGUGGUCCAUUUCCUCAUUUAUCUGCCUCUAGUUCAUUAUCAACUCUAAGCAGUUACUAUCAAGCCGGUAGUGGGCAACAGGCCGGGACAUCAGUGCUUCAACAACAUCACCAAGCACCCAGCGUUGGGUCAAACCAAGGUCGAGAAGGAAAUAGUCAUCUCGAUAUAAGUAACGUCAAUUCUCUUACUAGUAGUAGCAACCACAGUCUGAGUAGCCAAACUAGACAAAGUCCUAGCCCAAUGCUUAAUCCAGGAAGUCCCCCAGGACAAUCCGAAAGUAACCCACCCGAUAGUGAAGAUGAGGACGAAAACAUUCAAGUAUGAAGUACACAUGAUCCAAACACGAUUAAAGUCACUUUUGCCUUCCUAACUCGAACCAUUAUCAACAAUGUAGUCACCGUUUGGCACUACAGACAUUGGAUUAAAGAAAUCUCUGAGAAACCUCAUACUAUUAAAGAGUAUUUUCGAUAAAUGCAAUAUGCAGAUUUGGUUUGAAUUCGAAUAUGUUCAAAAACAUUCAGUAUUUUAUAAAAUACAAAUUUAUAUUUUAUUGUAACAGGAAUACUCAGUUAAUAACGGUUUUUUUAAUUGAAUGUUAAACAUUUACCUACAAUUUAUUGGCUUUCCAAUAUCGAUAUAAUUUAUUUGGGAAGCAAUCAAUACCUUAGCCCAAAAUUUUUCCUAGAAUUUUUUCUGUAAACUUAACCUUUAAAAAUGUAUCUAAAACAUAAAGAAUCACAUUAAAUUUCCAUUCACAAUGAGACAGUCCUAGUGAUGACAAUAGUAUCCCUUUCCUAGUUUGUUACAACCGGUAUCAAUCUUGGAUAUUUUCGUUUAUAUAAAGGAACUACUUACUUUGCUUACAUUUUAUCAAAUCUCUAAUUUACUUUUGGAUUUUAUCCGUGUCGUCUUCUUCGUCUUCUAGUUCUACUUGUUUUUCUUCUUAUCCCCCUCCUUCUCUUCUUUGUUUUCUUUUUCUUCUCCUCUCUUCUUAUUUCACUCUACAACUUCAAGAGUCCCUGCCUUUACUGGCUCCAUUUUACUUCAUUUUACCUGUAACUGGAUAUCCAGUUCAACGCACUAUGAAGUUCGAGUUAUAUAGAAGACAAAUGAUAGUCUGUCAUGCAUACGAGGAGGUUUUCCAGAUGGAAUUCGAUACUCGGUUCUUUACGUGUGAAAACCUGUUCAUCUACCAUCGAGGCACACAAACCGCCACCAAAUCUUUUGAAUUUGACUUGACAUUUUUUUAUUCUGGCUACUUCUAUUUUAAUUUUUACCACGUGCCGAAACUGAUUUGUGUACCUAUUUGUCAUCAUCUAAAAUUUUGCCUUUAACAGAAUUUUGGCAGUUAUUUUUUUUUCAAUUCAAUGUCCUUACUUUUAUUCAAAAUAUAUUAUGUGAUUUUAGAAAAACGUUAAAGUUAUGUGUGAUGUGCGAUACGUUUUGUGUAAUUUUUCCUAUUCACCUGAUCCAACGAUAUAUUCCUAACAUUAGUUAAAGCACAGUUUUCCUUUAUUUUAAUAUUGCUCAUUGUUUUGGAUUUUUAUUGGUUUUAGUCUCUUUUUCAGUUAACGAUAUUCUUUAUAAAACCGACUAUAACAAAUAUUCCGGCUGGUAUUGUAACAACAAAAUCAAUAAUGUAACAAUAAUAUCGAUAUGUCACGUGUUUUACUAUUUUCUGUACAGUUUGCAUUUUCUUUAUAUAAUUAUGUAGGAAAUAUUUCUUUUUGUUUUGUGUUUGAACUUUAAAAACAAAAAUCGUUAAUGUCCUUAAACAUUUCGUUUCCAAAAACUAAAUUAGUUAAUCGUUUGCUCAAUAAAUUUUAUCAUUUAAUCGUUGGAACCACUAAAAUGAGCAAACACAUACUGUGCUUAAAAUUGUUUGAAUGAUUAUCAUGUUGGAAUACUCAAACAGCACUACAAUUUAAGCUUACUGCCUAAUUUUUGAUUUUAAACGAUAACAAGUAAAAUGAUUCAAUUGUUUUCAUCAGAUUUGACAUAUGAUCAUAUAAAUUCGGAUACGGGAAUACUGAAUAUAGUAUAAAUGUUUCCCUAUUUUCUAUUCACAUUUAUUAUUCUGCUAGAAUGCUUUAGUGUAAUAUUUAUAUCAGACUCAAGUUAUUGUUUUCCAAUAAUUGAGUUUGUUUUUUUACGAAUUGCUAUAAAAUGAAAGAGUUAAAUUACACAACAAGAAAGAAGCAGGGAACUUAACUUUUUAUGUAAUUGAGUAGAAUCAAGCACGGUUGCAAUGUUUAUUUAAGUUAAAAUCAACUGAAGUAAUAUCUGGAACUGUAUGAAAAUAAGAUAAAAAACAGAUUCAUGUUUGAUUUACCUUGACUAUGAAAUAUGAAUGUUUUUCUUUUAUUUGAUCGGUCCGGCUUGGCCGAAUUGCUUGAAUACAAAUUUUUAAUUCAAAAUAUUUUUUUUGUUACUCAACUUAAUUACGAAGAAAGCAGUCUAAUAACCAAUUUUAUUACUUGUAUAUUAAGGGAGAUCUUGUACAAAACUAAUAUAGUAUAGUAUAUUAAGGUCAUAGAUAAUCUAAUAUUAUUCAAAGCAAUGUGAAAAUCAUUUCAUUGCUCAUCUAAAAUAGCAACUGCAUAAGUUGUUGCAUUCUACAAUGAUUACUAGGCAAGAGAUGUAAAUAAAACGAUGUUCAUGCUCAAGACAAAACAAAUUUCAUUUAAAACAUCGUAUUGAGAUGAGUAGUUACGAAAAAUAGCUAUUAUUAAAAUGUGAUCAAUUAUGUAAUUGGAUAGUAUGAAUGUUGUACGUUCUCUGGGAAAUUGCAUCAGUAUUAUGACAAAGCUAUAGUUUUAAGAGUGACAAAAAACAAUUUUUAUAACAACACUUUCUCUUUCCUUAUUAUUAUUCCCUGAAUAUGGACUGAAACUUACAAUAGAGAUCAUUUAUGGAAUAUGUGAACGAAAAUUUUCAACUACUGACAGAAUUAGGUUUUACGCUAGAAAUUAAUUUAUAUUGAAAGCAAAAGUGAGUUAUGUUAGAGUUAAAUAAAAUUUAUGACUAGAAUUUUUAGCCAACAUUCAUAGGAGACAUGCCAAGACAUACACCCUUAGCACACACUUUAUUCGCUGAGAAUCGAUUAUUUCGAGCACUCAAUAGUAACUCACUUCGAGUCAGUUACGUCUGCUUCGAAUCAAAACUAUCGGUCAAAUAAAUGCCAAUACUCCAAGAGUGUUUUUUUUUUUCAUUGAAGCUGGCGUGAUUCUCACCGGGGAAGUAAGUUAAUGUUGAGUGCUCACAUCGAUCGAAUUUCGGCGAAUGAAGUUUGUAAUGAGGAUGAUAAAAUACCCUCACUUAGCUGGUAAUAAUGAAAAUAUGUAAACAAGGGCACAAGAAGGAUUUCGUUUUGGUACAUCUAUAAACAAAAAUGAUAAUUCUUGAUUAAUAUGUUUUCCCUACGCAGUUCAAAAAGUAAAAUGAAACUUAACAACAAACAUAUUGGAUAGAAAUUUUAAAUCCGAAGUACUUAAAGUAAAAAAGUUUCAAUCAGUUAUAAAAAUAGCACUAACAUGAGUAAAACAUCGUUUAUAAAGCAUAGUGCGAUUGAGGAAAGACAAAUAAAACGAGUAUGCUUCUGUAA